GGGCGGGGCGGGCGGGGUAACGGGCCCGGGCGGCGGCGGCGGCGGCGCGGGCAUGGGCGGGGGGCGGCGCUGAGGCGGCCGCUCCGUGCGGGGCCGCUGCCCGCGGCCGGGGGUCCCUGUCCCGCCGCGCCCCGCCCUGUCCCGCCGCGCCCCCGGUACCCGCCGGUGCCCCCCCCCGUGCCCAUGGACCUGGACGUGGACUACGAGCGCCCCAACGUCGAGACCAUCAAGUGCGUCGUGGUGGGCGACAACGCGGUGGGGAAGACGCGGCUCAUCUGCGCCCGCGCCUGCAACGCCACGCUCAGCCAGUACCAGCUGCUGGCCACGCACGUCCCCACCGUGUGGGCCAUCGACCAGUACCGCGUCUGCCAGGAGGUGCUGGAGCGCUCCCGGGACGUGGUGGACGAGGUCAGCGUCUCCCUGCGCCUCUGGGACACCUUCGGGGACCACCACAAGGACCGGCGCUUCGCCUACGGCAGGUCGGAUGUGGUCGUGCUCUGCUUCUCACUGGCGAACCCCAACUCCCUGCGCCAUGUGAAGACGAUGUGGUACCCUGAGAUCAAGCACUUCUGCCCACGGACACCCAUUGUGCUGGUGGGGUGCCAGCUGGACCUGCGCUACGCCGACCUGGAGGCUGUCAACCGGGCCCGCCGCCCCUUGGCCAAGCCCAUCAAGCCCACGGACAUCCUGCCUCCGGAGCGGGGCCACGAGGUGGCCAAGGAGCUGGGGGUGCCCUACUAUGAGACCAGCGUGGUGGCCCAGUUCGGCAUCAAGGACGUCUUCGACAACGCCAUCCGGGCUGCCCUCAUCUCCCGCCGGCACCUCCAGUUCUGGAAGUCGCACCUGAAGAAGAUGCAGCGGCCGCUGCUGCAGGCCCCCUUCCUGCCCCCCAAGCCCCCGCCGCCUGUCAUCCAGGUCCCCGACCCGCCGGCCAGCCGCAGCUGGGGCCCCGCCGCCCUCUUCUGCACCCCGCUCUGCGCCGACGUCGUCUUCCAGCUGCAGGGCGGCCAGCGGGUCUUCGCCCACCGCGUCUACCUGGCCACCUCCUGCUCCAAGUUCUACGACCUCUUCACCCUGGAGGGGCCGCGGGGGGGGCCCAAGGAGCCGGCCGCCCGCACCAAGAGCCUGGAUGGGGAGCGGGGGGCCCUGGCUGAGGGGGCGCGCGCCCCGCUGCGGACUUCGCAGAGCGAUGAUGCGCUGCGGCCGGCAGCGGAGGACGGUGCGGCGCCCGGCGGCAGCCACGACCUGUCGGCCUGGGGCCGCGGCUUCGUCAGCAUGCGCUGGGAGCUGGUGGCGGACCCGGUGGCGGGGCGGGAGAAGCGGAUGGCGGUGGUGUGCAUGGACCAGCGGGUGCAGGCGGAGCCCUUCCGCGCCGUGCUGGAGUACCUCUACACCGGGCGGCUGGACCAGGCCCGCGGGGACCUGAUGCAGGUGGCCACCAUCGCCGAGCUGCUGGAGGUCUUUGACCUGCGCAUGAUGGUGGCCAACGUGCUCAACAAGGAGAGCUUCAUGAACCAGGAGAUCACCAAGGCCUUCCACGUCCGCCGCGCCAACCGCAUCAAGGAGUGCCUGGGGAAGGGGGUCUUCGCAGACGUGGUGUUCCGCGUGGACGACGGGGCCGUGCCAGCGCACAAACCCCUGCUCAUCGCCGGCUGCGACUGGAUGAUGGCCAUGUUCCGGGGGGCUUUCCGGGAGAGCUAUGCCGCCGAGGUGUCCCUGCCCGGCACCAACUGCGCCUGCCUGCGCGCCGUCCUCGACUUCCUCUACACCGGCGUCUUCACCCCCACGCCCGACCUGGACGCGAUGGAGCUCCUCAUCCUCACCAACCGCCUCUGCCUGCCCCGGCUGCAGGCGCUCACAGAGCAGUACGCCGUGGAUGAGCUGCUGCGAGCCUUCAUGCAGCGGGUGGAGAUCGACGAGCAGGUCAUCAUCUACCUGGAGAUGACGCAGUUCCACAACGCCCGGCAGCUGGCCGCCUGGUGCCUGCACUACAUCUGCACCAACUACAACAGCGUCUGCCGCCGCUUCCCCCGGGAGAUGAAGUUCAUGUCCCCAGAGAACCAGGCGCACUUCGAGCGGCACCGCUGGCCGCCCGUCUGGUACCUGAAGGAGGAGGACCUGUACCUGCGCUCCAAGAAGGAGCGGGAGCGGGAGGAGCAGCUGCAGCGCAAGCAGCACACCCGCAGCAAGUGGUGCUUCUGGCGGCCCUCGCCCCACGUCUCCUGAGCCGGGGGGGCACGGCCGGGCCGGCGGCCGCCCGCUCGGCCCCUCGCCCUGCCGAGGGCUGCCGUUCCCCCCCGGCCGCUGCCCGUUUACACCCCCUGCCCCGGCUGUUUACAGGCGCUGCCCCCCGCCGCCGCCGCUCGCUGGGCCGCGGCCCCUCCGUCCCCGCCGUCCCGCCGUGCCUUUCCCCGGCGCGGGGAGCAGGGCUGGCCGUGCCGAGCCGUGCGGUGCCGGCAGGGCCCCUCGCCCCGGCCAACGCUGGUGCUACCUCGGACCGAGCAGUAUUGUGGGGCUGGGGGCGAGCAGCGAGCGGGGGCUCUGCCGGCCUCCUCCUGGGGGGCUCCCCCACCCCGUGCCGGGGGCUCCCCCGGGCAGGGCUUUCUGGUGCUGUAUUUCCCCCCCCACCCGUGACAGAGGCGGGGGGCCAAGCUGUGAGUGGGGCAGGGGGCGGGAUGGGUGUGGGGGUCCCGGGGUGUGUGUCUGGCUGUACGAGCUGCUCCUGCCCGGGGUGGGGAGGGCAGCCCGCUUCCGCCCCCAGCUCAUCUCUGUGCCUUGGACGUGCCCUGCAGGGCCACAGGCUCUGUCCCCGUGGUGGGGGCCAUCGUCCCUGGCCCGGGGGUCCCGGGGUCCCUGGGCUGAACUGCACAACCAUUUUUACACUUUUUUAUCCCCCUGCCCCACAAGCACACCGGCCCUCGGGCCCCCCCGCCCCCGGGCCCCCCCAGCACUGUGAGCGGGGCUGCCCACGCCUCUCAGCAUCGGCUGUUUUAACCUUUAAUAAAGCCUUUUGUAACGGG